GUCUAAUAACGUUAACCCGGACGUUUUUCAGGUCACGUGACUGUUGUUCAAAAUGCUUGGGUGCCUGGUGCUGAUUUGAAGUGCAGUAACUAGUGAAGAAACUCAAGAAGAUGUCUUCUUCGUCUUCUUCUUCUUCUUCUUGGUUUUCCUCUUCUUCUCCUUAUCGCUUAACAUUCUGUGACUACUGCAGCGUGAUGUGACGCAUUUUGUUUCGAACAAGAACCUGUGGUCCCGUCAGUUAGCUUCAGUCGGAGACACAGACAGACAUGUCUGGUUUCAGCGCUGAACUAAUCGACUACCUGGAGGGUAGGAUAACUUUUGAGGAGUUUGACAAGCGGAGGGACGAGCGGAAAAACAAGGAGCCAGACGUGUUAGCUGAAGAUGUGGACGAUGGUACUCAGCCCUCGACCUCUGCACAAGUCCCGGGGAAUAUCGAGGAGGGAGUCAGCCCGGGGGUCCAGCUGGCCUUCGCCUCCAUGCUGGGAGAAACACCAGAACCACCAUCUUCUGAAGAGGAGGAAGAGGACAGCUUGAGCUAUGUUGAUGAUGAAGAUGAUGAGGAUUACAAGGUGGAGGAAAAUGACAGGGUAAAGGUGAAGCUGGAGAAACCAGAGAAGAAGCAGACUCGAGGAAGGAAAGGAGUGAGAAGGAGGGGGCGUAGGAAGAGGACAGAGGAGGAAGAGGAGGGGGAGGAGGAGGAUGAUGAUGAAGAGGAGGAGGAUCCAACCGUGGGGGACGUGUUUGCACUCGAGAUGGAGCUGAACCGAGAAAACAAGAAGAUGAUGAAGGAGCGACGUCAUCGAAGCAAACUCCCCCGAGCUCUCAGAGGCUUGAUGGGAGAAGCCAACAUCCGCUACGCCAGGGGAGAGAAAGAGGACGCCAUCUUGAUGUGUAUGGAGAUCAUCAGACAGGCUCCUUUGGCCUAUGAGCCGUUCUCCACGUUGGCUAUGAUCUACGAGGACGAUGAAGACAUGGACAAAGCGCUGCAGUUUGGUCUUAUCGCUGCCCACCUGAACCCCUCAGACUGUGAAGAGUGGAUCAGACUGGCAGAAAUGUCUCUGGAGCAGGACAACAUCCGACAGGCCAUUGUCUGCUACACAAAGGCCAUUAAGUAUGACCCCACCAACAUUCGCUACCUGUGGGAGCGCUCCAACCUCCACAUGCGUAUGGGCGAGCAGAAACAUUGCAUGGAUGGCUACCGCAAGAUCCUGUCACUGCUGCCACUGGAGGACGGAGAGCACUUCAUGCAGCUGUCAAAGGACAUGGCCAAGAGUUACUACGAGAGUAACGACUUGCCCUCAGCUCUGGGUGUUGUAGAAGAUGCUCUGGUGCGACACCCCAGCCUGGUCAGCGAUGACUUCAUCAACAUGGCAGCUGAGCUCUAUGUAGCCAACCACCAGUACAACAAGGCUCUGCAGGUCUUGGUCCAGUUUGCAGGUAUAGUUUUGAUCAUGGAUGAGUCCAAAUCAGACAUUACAGAAGCGACACAGGAAGAGACGGAAUCAGAGAAGACGAGUGAGGAGCAGGACAAGAACAGUGAAGAUGGCACAAAGUCGAAGAGUGUGGAGGAAUUAGCAGCAGAGGAGAACGGUAAAAUUAAGGAUGUACAUGUACCAGACAGUGUCCCAGUGGACCUCAGGGCCAAACUCAUGGUCUGCCUGAUACACCUUCAUGUCUACACUCCACUGGAGGGACUAGUGUUAACACUGAUGGAGCAGAGUCCAGAGGAGAUCGGUGACUUGUACCUGGAUGUCGGUGAAGCCUACCUGGAGCAGGGCGAGUACGUGUCUGCCCUGCCUCUGCUGUCUGCCCUCGUCGUAUCCGAAAAGUACAACCUGGCUGUCGUCUGGCUCCGACACGCAGAGUGUCUGAAGGCACUGGGCCACAUGGAGGCGGCAGCAGAAAGCUACACUAAGGUGGUGGAGAUGGCUCCGCUGCACCUCGAGGCCCGGCUGUCGCUGGCCACGCUGCAGCAGCAGCUGGGCCGGCCAAAGUGCGCCCUCAAAGCCCUGGAGUCCAUGUACGACAGUGAAACGCUGGCACAGGACUCGUCAGCUGCACAAAAGGAAUUAAAGCUGCUGUUGCAUCGUUCUACACUGCUGAAAACUCAGGGACAAAUACAGGACUACCUGGAUUCUAUGAUCAUGAUGAUCUCCAUGCUGCUUAAGGUGGCCAUGCAGCGAGCGAAGGUGUGUGUACGCUCUGUCACCAUGUCAGGUGAGAAUCACCUGAGGUUGGUGAAGGUCAAAGACAUGAUGCCAGAAAUUGCUGACCACGAAGCUGCCUAUCUGGACAACACUGGUAAAACCAGCGUUCUGUCCAAGGAGGACUGGUGGCAGCUGCUGGUAAGCUGUGUGCUGACGCUGUGUGAGGUGCAGCGCUAUGAGGAGGCGGAGCUGCUGGUGGAGUCCGCCAUGGAGUUCUACUCCUUCUACGACAACAAGCCCAGGAGGAAGGAGAUGGAGUUCUUCGGCCUGUCUGCCACCAUCCUCGACCACAACCACUGCAAGGCCUACAACUACAUCAGAUUGAUGCUGAUGGAAAAUGUGGAUCUGCCUCAGCUUUGGAAUAUUUUCAACCAGCUGACGAUAACUUCGCACCACCAGCGCCACCAUCGCUUCUGUCUGCGUCUGCUGUUAAAACAUCCCGACAAUCACGCCUUGUGCGUCCUCUGCGGACACAACGCCAUGGUGUCGGGGAGCUUCAAACAUGCUCUGGGCCAGUAUGUUCAGGCCUUCCAGACUCACUCCGACAACCCGCUCCACAGCCUGUGUGUGGGUCUCACCUUGUUCCAUAUGGCAUCUCAGAAGUAUGUGGCCAAACGACACGCGCUGGUCCUACAGGGUUUCUCCUUCCUGUGGCAGUACGUGGAGCUGCGUGGGGAGUGUCAGGAGAGCAUGUACAACCUGGGCAGAGCGCUGCACCAGGUGGGCCUCACACAUUUGGCCAUACAUUACUACCAGAAGGCACUUACACUCCCUGCAAAGAAACUGGAGGGUAUCCCGGACGAUCAGGUGGAUUUGAGGAGGGAGAUCUGUUUCAACCUCUCCCUCAUCUACCAGGCCAGUGGGAACAUGGAGAUGGCCCGCCAGCUCAUCAACACAUAUUGCAUCGUUUGAAAGUGCACACAAAUUCCUCAUCGCCUUUUUGAAAUUCAGAUUCGGUCCUUGCGAAUACUGCCUUGUUUAAAAAAGAAAAAAAUAUGGAGGGCUAAAAAUGAUUAAUUCAUACAUACAUAAAUACUGAAAUAAAUAUUUUAAUUAAAGGCUAAAACCUGAAGUGACUAAAAGUAAGCAAAUGCAUAGUGAAUAAAUACCAUUUUGGUAAUUAAUGACCAAAUAAAUAAAUGUGUCUAAUUUAUUUAUACUUCAUGCGAGUGAAAAUGUUAUUUUUCUAAUGAACUGACAUCUGCUACUUCCUCUGACCAGUUGUUACCAUCACGUUCUCCGUUUACACACAGACACAGAAAGUAAUAAAGGCAGCAUAGAAAUACAUAAAUAAAUAAAGGUGAAAAUGUCUGAAUAUACGAUUUAUUUAUUUUGCAAUUAAUUACCAACAAUUAUUCAUGUAGUUAACAGUGAAUUUAUUCAUUUGUGUGUUCUUUUCAGCCUUUCCUCAUUUGUUAUUUCAUGAAUCUGAAUUUACGUCUGUGUAUUGUUUAUGAAUAAGGCAUUGUUUUUGCCCUCCAUCUGAAAAUGGGUCUUGAUGAGGCGAUGAUGAUGUGAUGUGUUCUCAUUGUAUUUACACAUUUCCAGAUUUGGAGUCAGUUCAAUCAGGUGCAAUAAGCUUCCCAAAUAUGCUCACAUCAUAAUCACUUUUAUGGAAACAAUCUGAGCGUGAAGGAAUGAUUUUUGACCUGUUUUUCAGACCCCACACCCCCAUACCCCCCACCCCCCAGACUCUGCUGAUACUGGAUUUCCUUGUGUAGAAUUAACUUGUGUGUAUUAUUCUGUAUGUGUGCUCAGUCCUAAUGCUAUUGUAAAAUAAUCAUUUUCAACCGAUGAUACUGCUAAACCCACUUUGUAAAGACAAUUCUAUUUAUGAUAAGCAUUGCACUGUAAUAUGUUUAUAUAUUUUUAAAGCAUAAAUAUAAGCGUGAAGUUGCUUUGUC